GCCAUAAAAAAAUAAAUUUCCAAUAAUUUGUUUCAUUUAUCAAUUUUUAUUUUAUUUAGGUUUUUUAUUCUUAGGUGACAAACAUUGUCACCAAAAAACAAAACAAAAGAAAUAUUUUCUUUUCGUGAUUUGAAACGAAUUAGCCAGCAAGCCAACCAUCACGUUUGCCGUUUCAUUUUUUUUUCACCAUUUCAUUGUGUAUACCAAAAAUAAAUCUAUAUUUUUCAGUAAAUUUAUCCUUUUUUUGGCAUUGUUUUUCUUUCGUCUUUUCGUCGUUCCAGUAUAAUAGCAACAAAAAAAACGAAACAAAGAAAAUCAAAUCUGAAAAAAAUGUCGAUCAAAAAUGUAAUUUCAAGUGAUCGACACAUUUUGCCCAAUGGAUAUAAUCAUCAUCAUCAUCAUGAUAAUAAUGAUGAAAGCGGUAGUAAAGAUUCAAUUAUUGAAGAGAAAAAAUUACAACAAUCUGACAAUGGUGUUGAACAACAACGUGAUCAAUGGGGUGGACAGGUUGAAUUCCUAUUGGCUUGUCUGGGAAAUGCCGUCGGUUUGGGCAAUUGUUGGCGAUUUCCAUAUUUAUGUUACAAAAAUGGAGGCGGUGCAUUUCUUCUGCCAUAUCUAAUCUGUUGUCUUAUAAUUGGUUUACCAUUAUUUUUGAUUGAAUUGGGUUUGGGACAAUUUUCUGCUAUGGGCCCUGGGCAAUUAUGGGCAAAUCUGUCUCCAUUAUUUCGUGGUGUUGGUCUUGCAUCAAUUAUUUCGUCAUCUAUUGUUGCCAUCUAUUAUAAUAUGAUUAUUGCAUGGACAUUGUUUUAUUUUGUUCAAUCAUUUUUUGGUCAAAAUUGGCAAAGAUGUACAAAUUGGUUUAACACUGAAAAUUGUCUUUCAAUACUCGACAACGAUAAUAAUAUUACUAAUUAUCGAUUUAAUGUUUCUCAUACAAAUGCAUUUGUUUCAUCUAAUCAUUCAAUUUCAUCCACUGAAGAAUUUUUCAACAAUUAUGUUCUAAUAAAAUCUACCGGUAUAGACGAUAUGACCCAAAUGAAUUGGAAAUUAGUGGCUGCAUUAUUCAUUUCAUGGUGUAUUGUUGCACUUGCUCUAAUUAAAGGCAUACAAUCAUCCGGUAAAGUUGUUUAUUUUACGGCCACAUUUCCUUAUGUUAUUUUAGCCAUAUUAUUGGCACGUGGUUUAACAUUACCCGGUUCAUAUGAUGGUUUAAGAUAUUAUCUAAUGCCGAAUUGGAAUCGAAUAUCUGAUGUUGAUGUUUGGCGUGAUGCUGCCGUACAGGUAUUCUAUAGUUUUGGUAUCGGUGGAGGCGGUAUGAUAACAUAUGCUUCAUAUAAUCGGUUCCACAAUCCGGUGACUAAACAUGCAUUAUUGGUUGGAUUUGGUGAUUUUGCUACAUCGUUAUUUUGUGGUGCCGUUGUAUUCACUAUGAUCGGUUAUAUGGCAUCAGCAUUAAACAAACCAAUAGAACAGAUUGUACAAGAUGGAGCGGGAUUGGCUUUUAUUGUCAUACCCGAAGGCCUUUCCCGUAUGCCGAUAUCAUUAUUAUGGUCGGUACUGUUUUUCACAAUGUUAUUUCUAUUGGGUAUCGAUUCACAAUUUGCUAUGGUCGAAACAGUCAUCACUUAUCUGUUUGACGACAUUCGAUCCAAAAAGAUCAAAGUCAACAAACCAUUGGUAGUCAUAUUGACAUCUUUCGUUUGGUUUAUUCUUGGUUUACCAUUAUGUACAAAUGCUGGAAUCUAUAUCUUUACAAUAAUGGAUGAAUAUUCAGUUGGUGUACCAUGUCUAGUGAUUGGCCUAUUGGAAAUAUUUAUUGUAACAUAUAUCUACGGAAUCGAUAUAUUUUUCGAUAAUCUAGAAAAGAUGACCAAAUGGAAACCAAAGAUAUUAUUACAAUCACAUUUAGUCAUAAUGAUCACAGUCAUUGCACCAAGUGUAAUGUUAUGGAUAUUAUCUAAACAGUUAUUUGAAACACCAGCAUUAAAAUAUGGUUCAUAUCAAUAUCCAUAUUGGGCAAUAUGGAUUGGUUGGUCAUUUGCAUUAUUAUCGAUUAGUGCCAUACCAUUGGUAAUGAUCAAAGAAUUAUUACGUAUAUUAUUUUGUUAUGGAUAUUCGAAAAAAACAAUCAAUCAAAGAUUACGAAUGCUUAUCAGACCUACUAAUGAAUGGUGGAAUAACUAUCAUCGUAUGCAUGGACAUGAUAAUGAUGAUACGACUAUGGAUAAUGAUAUUCAUAAUAAUAAUAAUAAUAAUAAUCAAACAUCAUCGACUGAUAGUUUUGAUCUAAUGAUACAAUCGGCAUCGAAUGAAACGAUUAAUGAAAUUUCAACUAAAUGUAAACAACCAAUGAAUGGACGUAUCAAUCAUGCAGCUGUUACAAAUGAUGAAUGAUCAAAUCAUUUUCAUUUUUCAUACAAAGAAUAUUCAUCAAUCAAAUCAUCAUCAUCAUUAAUUUUAUCUAAUUUUUUUCGAAUGAAACUUUUUUUUUCUU